UUUGACAGCAUUGGAAUGCAAUAUAUAAUUUUAAAUAUGUCGUUCAUUGAAAUGGUGACAGGUGGCUUGUCGUCUUUCUAACUAUAAGAUCUGCAAUUUUUCAAGAACGUAUAUAUUUGUAAUUCCUAUUUAAAAAUGUAAAAAUAAAAAAUUCGAAAAGCGAUGGAUUUGGGCCAGCCCGGUUUUUUCUGGGCAAAUGGUUUAUUUCCUUUGGCCCGGCCCAUAACAGAAAUGGGCCUUCCGGGCCGUGCUGGUGCAAACUCUCCGCGAGUCUUCUUCGUCUCUCUGGACUUCUCCGCCCUUGUGUAGCGGUGCAUGUGACGCAGUGAGUGAUAGGAUCCGUUUGGCGCGAUGUGGGUCAGCGCGGUUCAAUCCGUCUUGGUUUCCUCCUCCUCUUCCUGCCGUUCUCGGCGCGGCUCGGGUGGGAACGCCAUAGACGGCACUCGCAUUGCACCCCUAUCAGGGCGAUUCGAGAGCGAAAGGUCAUAUCUUUGGUGGGCGGAGGUCGCGGUACAAGGUUCGGUUUUCGCUUUUCUUGAUUCGGUUCUUGGGGCGGCAAUAUAAGGCCGGCUGGCCGAGGGAAACCGGCAUUGCGCAUUGCCUGUCCUCGUCUCCGGCUUCGGUGCUCCAAUUGCUGUUCUGGGCAUUGAGGGGGUGAGGGACGAAUUUGUUGGCCGCCGAUGGGGGAGGAGGGCACUUCGCCGUUGCUGAAGAAGGAGUACCACCCGGGUUGCCCCGGCUGCGCGUACGACCAGAAGAAGGACCUCCAGAGGGGGAUGCCUUACAAGGAGUUCUUGUAUGUCUGGAUGAUUUCUCUCACGGCCGCUUUACCAAUAUCAUCACUGUUCCCCUUCUUGUAUUUCAUGAUAAGAGACUUGCAUGUUGCUAAAAGAACAGAAGAUAUCGGGUUCUAUGCUGGUUUCGUAGGUGCUUCAUUUAUGUUUGGUAGAUGCUUGACUUCAACAGUUUGGGGGAUAGCAGCAGACCGUAUUGGGAGGAAACCGGUCAUUAUGUUUGGCAUUUUCUCUGUGGUUGUAUUUAAUACUUUGUUUGGGCUUAGUGUCAGCUAUUGGAUGGCAAUAGCUACACGAUUUCUGCUUGGUGCUUUAAAUGGUUUACUUGGACCAAUAAAGGCUUAUUCUAUUGAAGUUUGCCGACCUGAACAUGAAGCUGUAGCAUUAUCACUUGUCAGCACAGCUUGGGGGCUAGGUCUCAUCAUUGGUCCUGCUCUAGGAGGCUACCUUGCACUGCCUGCAGAAAAGUUUCCAAAAGUCUUUUCACCAGACUCACUCUUUGGAAGGUUCCCAUAUUUCUUACCAUGCUUAUGCACAUCAGUUUUUUCUGCUGCUGUUCUCAUAAGCUGCAUAUGGAUGCCGGAGACUUUGCACAAGCAUAAAGUUAGUGAAAAUGGAAAUCAGAGCAUUGAAGCUUUGGAGGCUCAUCUCAUUGAUCCGAAAGAAAAGGUUGAACAAAGUGGUAGUUUGGAUACCAAGAAGAGCUUAUUCAAGAAUUGGCCAUUGAUGUCAUCAAUAAUUAUCUAUUGUGCCUUCUCCUUUCAUGACAUGGCUUAUACAGAGGUGUUCUCUCUAUGGGCUGAGAGUGAAAAGAAGUAUGGUGGACUAAGUUUAUCGUCUGAGAAUGUAGGUCAAGUGCUUGCAGUUACAGGUGCCAGUGUCCUUGUAUAUCAACUCUUUGUAUACCCUCGCAUUAACAAAGUUCUUGGGCCUAUCAAGUCUUCUCAAAUUGCAGCUAUUAUAUGCAUGCCAAUUCUCUUUGCCUACCCCUAUAUGACAUACCUAUCAGAACCUGGAUUAUCAAUCGUUCUUAAUAUUGCAUCAGUGAUAAAAAAUAAUCUUGGUGUUACCAUCAUCACAAGCACUUUCAUCCUUCAAAAUAAUGCCGUGCCUCAGGACCAAAGAGGAGCUGCAAAUGGAUUGGCGAUGACAGGAAUGUCCUUUUUCAAGGCAGCCGCUCCAGCAGGAGCAGGGAUUGUGUUCUCAUGGGCACAGAAACGCCAGCACGCCUUUUUCUUUCCAGGUGAUCAGAUGGUGUUCUUCCUUCUGAAUGUCGUCGAGUUGCUUGGACUAAUCCUCACAUUCAAACCAUUUUUGGUCGUGCCAGAGCAAUAUGAAAGAAAAUAGUUUUUUCAACUAUAGAAGUUUCAGAAUAUUCAAAUGGAGUCCAGCUCCAGUGAGGCAAAGGCCCUAAGCGUGCCCUUAGACCAGGAGGCCCUAUGAAAACCUGAAGAAGCAAUAGUUGUUUGCUUGUAAUUGUGAGUAAAAAAUGUAUGUUGUAGCAGCAUUUCAGAAAAAGGAAAUGUAUAGUUGGUAAAUGGUGGCGACUCGAUCGCUUGCUGUUGAUUAUGCAGGCAUUUAUAUCGUGUUGCUGCACUGUAAAUAGCAAUGUAAGAGAUAGCAACUAAAAUAAUAAUGAAGUAAUAAUACAGUUUUUUUUAAAAACUAA